AUGAUUGCAACCAUUUUAUUUAUCAUUUAUUAUUAUUUUCAGUUUCUUUUUCCACUUCCAAGAAAAGAUGGUUAUGAGUUUGUAGUCAGUCAGUUUUUGAAUCAUGAAUGCCAUUUUACAUUUUUAAUUAAUUUCCAGGCUUACAAAGAAAAUGCUCCAGAAUGUCUCAGAAUAAUACAUUAUCCUGAUUUUCAGAAAGAAAAAGGAAUUGUUCUUAUGCAUGGAGAAUUUGAUGAUCAGAACUUAAAUGUUCAAGAAGCUCAAUUUCUUGCAAAUCAGUUACAGUUAUAUUAUGGAGGAAAUAAUGAAAACAAGACAAAAUUGUUAGAAAUAUUUAAUAAAUCUCCUGAAAACUUCAAACAUAUGCACUUAAUAAAGGAAGUAGAAGUAAUUGGAACAUAAUCUCUGUUCACUGUUAAUUUAAAUCUAAAUGGAAUGUAUUAUAUAUCUUUUAGAUAAAUAAAGUAAUUUAUAAUUUUAAAUAGAACUGCUA